GUAACUUGCAGUUGCAGUGCCAGAGUGCAGAGUGCUUGCUUUGGACGUUGACCACCUUUAGCAACCAAUCCUCUCUGGCUAUACUACUACUACUCACUACUUACUCCCUGCCCAGUACUUACCGUGGGAGUGUCUUGCAUUCUCUAGUCACAGGGUCUCAUCCUGAGUUGAUUCCCCGAAACAUUUCACUCGCAUUUCUCUACUUUGAGCCAAUCUGGAACUUCCUAAUCCAUGAAUUGACUCUCCAUUUUCCACACUCACCUAUCCGUCUUCCUCCCAUUCCUAUUCAUUUCAUUCUGGGCGCAGUUGAAUCUUGCCCGUUUGGUUACUGUUUCUCUACUUUCCACCCUCGCAAUCAGCCAUUCAGACUGGUUCCAAUCGUCUAUAUUGCCUCGAUCAGGACAUCGUCAACACCUCAUCCUCCUCCUCCUCCUCCUCCUCCUCCUCACUUGGCCUCGUCAAAGUCCCAUCAGGCCCGUCGCCUUCAUUUGCUGCUUAUUCACCAACACCUACUUCGCCCGCACGCUGGUUCCUUGUCCACCUUCGAGGCCUCACCACCUUUGUCUUACAUCUACACAAUACUGGCUCUAUAUCUAUCACCCUGCUUAAAAUUUACCAAGACUCUUUGCUUCAUAUACAUUAAACAAUAUUUUCAUCCCCCUUAUCCUCAACACCCGACACCCGACACCCGACACUGUACCAGAAAAUUCUGGGUUCUACUAUUCAUCCUCCAUUCCCCGCCACACCGCAAAUCCAACCACCAGCAGAAACUCCUCCCACUCCUCUUUAACUUCUGUGAUAGUAUAUCUCUCAAUUGAUCCAUGUCUGUUUCCUCCCUUGAGAUCGCAUGGAGGUCCAGUUUCCUUCCCCUUCUGUCUUCCUAAAAUCUUCCACCCCCGCCCCCAAAAGCCCAGCAAAACGACCUGCGAUCCCAAAACCCAAACCAUCAAAUGCCCCCAAAAAGUCCCAAGCCAAGGUCCAGCCCGGCGCCGUCACAAAGCCAAAGCAGAGCAAGAGUCGAAACGGUUGCGCCACAUGCAAAAAGAAGCGUCUAAAAUGCGACGAGAAGAAACCCGCUUGUGACCAAUGUAGGAAGAGAAAUGUGACUUGCGAAGGCUACAACAAAGACUUCAAAUGGAGGCCUUUCGAAGAGACCGUCUUUAAUCCGAAGCCUCCCACCAAAAAGAAGCCCUCUCCACCCAGUGCUUAUGCCACUCUACAUCAAGCUCCCCGCCCACUUGACUUUGCUGGCUCAAACCAUCAUGAAUCCACCUUUCACAAAGAUCAUGAACUACCUCGACCUCCGCAUUCUCGGUCACCAAGACUUUAUCCUGUCCCUCCGUCGCCGCCAUCCAUGCCCCAGGAUUCCCGCCUAGCCAACCGGCGACUCCCUUCCUCGACCAGUCCACAGGAGCCAGGAGAGUCCCUCUUCUCCGGAACGACCCCUCCUAUCAACCUCAGCCCCGAUGACAACUUCAUUCCUGGAUUCGAUCCGGGCGGCCUCUCUCCAAACUUCUCUUUCGAUCCAUCUCUUGAUACAUAUCCACUGCUUCCCACCACCACUCGCCCAGACACACGCUCCUACAGUUCCGGGUCUCCUCAGCUCAUCGACCUGCUCCUCCCCGGGACAGACAUGAAUCAACCUCCGGACCCUUCGGAGCUUCGCCCUCCCUUAUCACCUUUGCCAUACCAACCACAGACAUUCGACGAUGCCAUGAGGGAUUUCCAGAUGGAUGAAGAUUUUGACGAGGAGAUCGCUCGAUCAGAUCUGAUAUCAGGUCUGCCUGGGCCCCUUGACCUCAAUCUAGUUGGUGGCGGAGCUGAUCCCUCAAAUUCGAGGUGGCACUUCCGCGCUUCGAGCCCAACCCUCAGUGAUGCCUCGACCACUUCAUCCAGGACGAGCAAUGUCACUAUCCUGGCACAGCCCAAGCUCGACGUAUCAAGUCCCGAAAUGCUCAUGCUCCGUUUCGACAAGGACACCUGUGGUAUUCUCUCCGUCAAGGAUGGCCCGACCGAAAAUCCAUGGCGCACAUUGAUCUGGCCCUUGGCAAGCGAGUCUCCGGCUCUGUACCACGCCAUCUCAUCCAUGACAGCCUUCCACGGCGCACACGAAGUGCCAUAUCUCCAUGUCCCCGGCAUGGCUCACAUGACCAAAUCGAUCAAGAAGCUAGCCUUUGAAAUAGAAAACAUGCGUCUGGAUUCCGCCUUGGCAACUUCGCUUGCCCUUGCUUUCUCAGAAGGCUGGGACAGUCACGUUUCCACAGGCGUUCAGCACCUCCGCGGUGCCAAAAUCAUGGUUAACAAUGCCGUCGUCAAGCACAAGAGAGACAUGCAGCAGGGUAGAAUGAGUGCCCAGGACGCAGCCCGCCUCAAAUUUCUGUGCAAUACAUUUGUCUACAUGGACGUCAUCGCUCGGCUGACGAGCUUGGAAGAAAGUGCAGACUUGAAUUUCGAGCAAGUUCUCAACACUGUCAACACACCCACAGGAGACCAGGUCGAAGUCGACCCUUUAAUGGGCUGUGCCACCACUUUGUUCCCCUUGAUUGGCCGAGCUGCAAAUCUAAUCCAGCGUGUUCGCAAAACCGAGUCCAACAGCCUCAAUAUCGUGAGCCAAGCAAUGGAGUUGAAAGAACAGCUUCAACGCUGGAAGGCCCCCAACGCCAUGUCAUUCGAAAGACCCGAAGACCCCAACUCAGAAGUGCAGCACGCCAUCCAAACCGCCGAGGCCUAUCGGUAUGCAACGCUUCUCUACCUCCACCAGGCAGUUCCGGAAAUUCCCUCCGAUCCCGCUCAGAAACUCGCAAAGAAGGUCCUUGUCACCCUUGCCAGUGUCCCGCUCAGCUCGCGCACGACCAUCAUUCAGAUAUUCCCCUUGUUCGCAGCAAGCUGCGAGGUCGUUGGUGAUGAAGAUCGUCUCUGGGUGACCAGAAGGUGGGAAGCAAUGAUGAGUCGGCUCAAAAUCGGAAACGUCAGUGCUUGCUGGAUAGUGGUCCAGGAGGUUUGGAAAAGAAGAGAUGAUCAUGAAUUGAGGAUGGCGGAACGUCGCUUGAAGCGAUCUGGCCCUCGUCGAAAUCCCAGUGAUCAAUUCAAGACCCUUGGGCUAAAAAUUCCACCGAACUUGAAGAGGAAGGCUCCAAGUAAUGAUGCGCCGCUCGAUCUGGGAGAUUUCUUCUUCAGGGCCCCAGGUCGGCAACGAGAUGAUGCCCAGGUCUCAGACGAGGAAGUGGACCUGGCCACAGGAUCAUUAUUGAAGCGCCGUAUGACCGCGGAUUCGAUGAAAAUCGGUGCCGAUGUAGCGCCUCUCAGCAUGUACCCCGGAAUUGGCGUACCCAUGUCCUUGCCAUCACCAGGUUUCGGGCGACGCGACAAUGUUGACAUUUUGAAUGACCAACUCGAAACCGAGUAUACCGUCCGUGGAGGACUACACUGGCUAGGUGUUAUGGCCGAAUGGAAAUGGGAAGUCUUUCUGGGCUGAACCGCUAGAUUUGUGCUUCGUUAUUGACGGGGCAGAAGUUGGUUUGGAGCAAUUACUGGCCGGAUGCAACUGCACAGGAUAACGAUGAUCUUUUCCGAGGUGACGUGGGACGUCAUUCCGAUGAUCAUUGACUUUGCUGCCCACCAACGAGACGGAAGAGGAUUUUAAUUUCGAGACCCCGGCUGAGGAUGCCGGGCUAGAAUUCGAGUAUUCUCUCCGGAGAGAGGCGAGGUCCAUCCAUCUGAAUUCGGGCGACUUGUCUCUGACAUCUCUGCUGGGGCGGUUGGUAGUGGGCCUCCCACGGUGAUGAUCCAAUGUGCGAUGAGUUGUUUCAACACUGGCGAGGUAAGCACGCAUGCUCUGAGUAUAAUCAUCCAGCUCGGUACUCUGAGUGAUCUUAGACAUGGGUGCGGGUUUUAGGUCCAUAUUGGUAGCGCUCAUGGGUUUGCUUCGUUUGUUGGCGGAGGAUGGGUCGGUGGACGUCAUCUUGCCCAAUCCGGUACGUCGGAGUAGAGAGAUUCGGAGCAGGGUGCGAGGGCUUUAAGGUGUUGCAGGGGCAUCCGAGAAAAGCUCAAUAGAGAUGAGGUCUAUAGCGUUGCUUAGUACUCUGGUCCAGGUCUUGGGAUUGAUAUGUUGCACGAAGCAAGGCGUUUGGUCAUUUAGACGCCCAGUAGGAGAGAUCAAAAGCUGGUAACGAACGCGAGGUUGAUUGGCGAAGGUGGACCUGGCGAGGUUGAUGAGAGACGACUCUAGGACGAGAUUGAGCGCUUUAGGUAUGCUUGGAUACGUAAUGAGAUCCGACGGAGGCCUGUUUGGGUCCUUGUCCUUGGUCAA